AAAGCAGUGAAACGUGUUGGCAAAUCACAAAGUGGAAAAGGAGGAAAGAGGAAGAAGAUCACGUUGAAGUACAGCAUUGACUGCACACACCCUGUGGAAGAUGGCAUUAUGGAUGUGGCCAACUUUGAUAAAUACCUCCGUGAGCGCAUCAAGAUUGAUGGUAAAACUGGCAAUUUUGGCAACAAUGUGGUGCUAGAACUCCAGAAAAGCAAAAUUUCCUUGACUAGCGAGAUCCCUUUCUCAAAAAGGUACCUCAAAUAUCUGACUAAAAAGUACUUGAAGAAGAAUAACCUCCGUGACUGGCUCCGAGUUGUGGCAUCUUCCAAGGAGGCGUUUGAACUUCGCUACUUCCAGAUUAACCAGGAUGAGGAAGAGGAGGAUGAGGAUUAG